CAUGGAACCUGUUAAUUUGUCGCGGCUAACAUGAAGGUUUCUGUUCUUGGUUCUACUUUCUGUUGGAGUUGUUACUGUUCUUCUCAUUACCAUUUCCUGGCAUUAAUGAAAGGCUUUUGUGUAAGAUGCUGAUGUUUUGCGCACCCGUUUCGCCAGAUGUGGAUCUUUGUCAAGAUCUGUGAUAGCAAGACCGUCACUCUGGAGGUAGUGGAUUCAGAUACGAUCUAUAGCGUCAAGGCUAAGAUUCAAGACAAGGAGGGCAUACCUUCAUGCCAGCAGAGGCUCAUGUUUGAUGAUCAGCUAUUGGUGGGCAGCUGCACCCUGAAGGACCACAGCAUCCAGAACGAGGCCACCCUAACCCUUCACCUUGUAAUCCAAGGGAUGCAUAUCUUUGUCAAGCCGAUCGUUGGUAAGAUCAUGACCAUUGAGGUUGAUAGAGCAGAUAACGUGUACAGUAUAAAGGCGAAGAUUUUCGAUGAGACGGGCUUUGCCCCAGUUGGGCAGCGCCUCAUCCUUUAUGGGAAGAUGCUGGAGGAAGACCGCACCCUGGCCUAUUAUGGCAUACAAAAUGACUCUACCCUCCAUCUCAACUUGCGCAUCCCGCUUCUGAGAGAUCGGAUACGCAUCUCGAUCAGGACGGUUACUGGGAAGACCAUCGUUGAACGGAAUGGUAUGCGCUCAGAGACCGUUGGCAAUAUCAAGGCGAAGAACUAUGUUGAGUUGGGCAUUCCCACAGACCAGCAGUGCCUUUCCACAGGCGGAAAGCCGCUUGAGGAUGGCUGCACUGUGGAGGAGGCGAAGAAAUGUUGUUGCUGUGAUCUCCUUCUGCAACUCCGUCUUCCUGGUAUUCAGUGAGAUGGAUGAAGUUAUCUUGGCUGUGUCUUUUCGGCCCAAAUGUAGUGUAGAGAAGGAAAUUUGUCUUCUACUUUUGGUGAUCUUAGGUAGGGAUUGAAACUAAAGAGCUGGUUAGUUAUCAUGCAUGGGGCUU